CCUGCUCUUCCUCCUCCCUUCCUCUUCCUCCUCAUCCUCCUCCUCCUUCUCUGAUGACAGCAUACAGGUGCCAUCGUGGGUGUCGCAUCUGCCGCCGGUUCCAUGGCGCACGCGUUCUGGAUCUGGUCUGGCAUUGUGCAAGGAUGUGUCUUGUCAGGAGCACUCUCUGCGCUUGCUCUCUCACCGUUCCUCAAGGACCUCGAGGCGUGCAUCGAGCAGCCUGGGCUUGGUGCCUGCGCAGAUGACCUCGGUGCCGCUCUUACGUCUGCCAUGGCACCGUGGCGCACUGCCCGCGUGAUGAAGAUUGCGGCCAGGAUCGCCCCAUGGAUUCUGAAAGCCUCCCAAUGCAAGAGAGUACGCUUGCUCGCCGCGUACACGGCGGAGGUGGCUACGUUCAUCACGGCUUUGCUCCAGUCGCAUAUGCCGCAGUGCUUCGAGCUUGACGUCGUGGAUGAGCUUGUCUCCACAGGUCCUCUGGCUGAAGCCCAAGGUACAAGGAGGCGCCGCGUCAACGCCGCUAUGCUCCGGCGACCUCCCCUUGCAGUGGCUGAAGGCC